CAUUGAUAUAGCGAUUAGCGAACGAAUGAUUUGAGUCGUGCGGGAGGGGGCUUGUUUUUAGCAGUAAGCAAGGUCGUUCUUUGUGUCAAAAAAUUGUUCCUCUGACGAACACUUCAAUUUUGUUAUUAAAACAAGUGAGUGACUGUUUGUGCUCAAUAACAAAGGUCGUAGUUUGCGUAUGCCUUUAGUUAAAAUAAGUUAUUAACAUAACUCGUCAUUUUGAACGCUCCAAUGAGUUUGGGAGGAGGUCAUAGCACAGAGGGAUCAAAUGCAGGAGGAAUAUUUGUACAAUUCAACCAGGACUGCACGUCGCUGGUGGCCGGCAGCAGUAGCGGCUACCACCUGUUCGCGCUCACUCCGGACGAUGGUGUGGAGGAGAUCUACGCCAGUCGCUCAGGACUCGACACGUGCUUCGUGGACCGUCUCUUCAGCAGCUCGCUGGUGGCCGUGGUCACAGUCUCCGCUCCGAGGAAGUUAAUAGUAUGUCACUACAAGAAAGGCACCGAGAUAUGUAACUACAGCUACAGCAACACUAUACUCGCCGUCAAGCUGAACAGAUCCAGGCUGAUCGUGUGUCUGGAGGAGUCGCUGCACAUCCACAACAUCCGCGACAUGAAGAUCCUGCACACAAUCCGGGACACGCCUCCCAACCCUCGAGGACUGUGCGCGCUGUCCCCUUGCGUCGAGAGAUGUCUCGUGGCGUACCCCGGAUCGAGCGCGGUGGGGGAGGUGCAGAUCUUCGACGCCGUCCACCUGAACGCCAAGUGCGUGAUCGGAGCCCACGACAGUCCCCUGGCCGCCCUGGCCUGGUCCAUGUGCGGGAAACGCCUCGCCACCGCCUCCGAGCGCGGGACGGUGAUUCGCGUAUUCGCGGUGCCCGAGCGCACGCGACUCUACGAGUUCCGACGUGGCGUGAAGCGCUGCGUGUCCAUAGCCUGCCUGGCCUUCAGCGCCUGCGGGGCGUACCUGGCGGCCACCUCCAACACGGAGACCGUGCACGUGUUCCGGCUGAGGGAGGGCGCACCGCCGCCGCCCGCAGAGGACGCGGCCGCGCCGCCCGACGGCUGGAUGGACUGGCUGUCACAGGCGGUGUCGCGCGGCGUCACCUACCUGCCGCCGCAGUUCACGGACGUGCUGACUCAGGGCCGAGCGUUCGCCGCGGCUCGUCUCCCGCGGCCCGCGCGCCACGCCGUGGCCGCCGUCACGAGCUCGGCACGCGCCCUGCGGCUGGUGGUGGCCACGGCGGACGGGGACGUGUACGUCUUCGGUCUGGACGCGGCCGAGGGCGGCGAGUGUCCGCUGCUACGCACCCACCGCCUGCUGGAGCGCUCUCCCUCCGUCACCGAAGCCCCGGCCGGCUGCAGGUACGCGGGCGCGCUACGGGGACGUCUCCCGGACCACAUGACAGAGUCGGAGCGCGCCUUGGAGCUGGGCUCGGCGCUGGCCGGCUCGCCUCCGCGAGGUUCUUUCGAUCUCCGCGACCACAAACACUUCCCGCCGAUGAGAGCCCCCGCGACGCAGGCCUCCGCCCCCGCCGGGGACGUUCCGCCCUCCACAGGCGACAACUGAAGAGGAAGACGCUCCCUCCGGCCUUCGCCGGCGGACGGACGGACGAAUCUUUUUGUAUAUAUUUAUAUAUAUAAUGGUUGUGCGUCCGUCGAGACGUACUUGUACAAUAUGAAAAUGUAAUCUUAAUGUUAGAAUAUCAGUUGUGAUAGUUGGGUUCGAUGGCCGGCUGUGCUCGGCUGUGCUGUGCGUGUGUUCUUCGUCUGCCGAUGGAUGUUUGUGUCACGUCUGUAUAAAAAAAUAUUAAAAAAAAUCAAUGUAAUAAAAAAAACAGCGACGUUCCUUCGUCGUAAUAGUGACCGGUGACACGAGGCUUCACAUAUCAGUACCUAUGACUUCACCGUCAACAGAGUACAUACAAUAAAAUAAAUAUUUAAAGAAGUAUGUAUUGUCGUGUUGAGUAUUUUUUUAAUAUAUUAAUUCAAUUUGGAUUUCAAUAAUGUGCAGUUGAUAGGUCUUCGUCUCGUCUGUCGCUUUAAAAAUAUAUUGUAAAUAAUAAAUUUUAUUAAAUUAAA